AUGUCGGAUUGGGUAAAUGAAAAUUGUGUUUCUUUUUUCCAAUUAUUUUGCAUAAAAGUUGUAAAAACUGGACGGGUGCCGCAACACAUAGCAUUUAUAAUGGACGGAAACCGCCGGUAUGCAAAAAAACUUAGCGUGAAAACGAGUGACGGUCAUUCUAGGGGAUUUGAUAAGCUUUCGGAAACAUUAAAGUGGUGCCUAGAUUUGGGUAUACCUGAGGUGACUGUGUAUGCCUUUAGUAUUGAAAAUUUUAAAAGAAGUGAUGAAGAAGUAAAUGCGCUUAUGGAUUUAGCACGGGAUAAGUUUCAGAGAUUACUUGAUGCAAUGGAUCAAAUAAAUGACUGGGGUGUAAGAAUACAUGUAGCUGGAAGAAUGUCACUUUUGCCUUUAGAUUUACGUAAAAUGGUAUCUCAAGCAAUGUUAGCAACACUUCAUAAUAAUAAGCUUAGGCUGAACAUUGCAUAUGCUUAUACAGGGCGAGAUGAAAUAAGCAGGGCUGCAUCGCACAUUGCUGAUGGAGUAAAUUAUAAGGAUAUAACAACAUAUGAUAUUAAUGAGGAACUUGUAUCACAGACCUUAGAUCUUGGGCCACCAGAACUUCUUAUAAGAACAUCUGGAGAAGUCAGACUAUCAGAUUUCAUGCUGUGGCAGACUGCCAAUACGGUUCUUUAUUUUUCUGAUGCUUUGUGGCCUGAAUUUACUGUCUGGAAUCUUUUAGUAGCUAUUAUUCACUUUCAAAGAUAUGCCCCUCCACCAUUACCCCAAAAAGAUAACAAUGGAAAUCAAGAUAAAUUUCUACAGAAAUUGGAAGAAAAAAGGCUACAACAGUUAAAGAAUUAUAUAGUAUGUUCAUCAUAG